AUGGGCUCAAUUGCCACCCAAACGCAUGCAAACUCAGCCAACAACUAUCGUGUUUUAGCUUCAUUUUGUGGUAAAGAUAGUUCUGCAGAAACAAACAUGAACAUGUCCAAUUGGAUAGAGAGCUACAACCCUUCAAACAACACCUGGCAUCGCAUUAGUUCAAUACCAGGACUAAUCGAGAAUCAUACUUUGAAGGACUUUGCAAUGGUCUCUAUAGGUGACUCGGUCUACAUAAUUGGUGGCCGCCUUUGUCACAAAGAAGUAAGUCAUGAGGCUGAUGAAAAUAUGGAAGUUCAACUUGAAGUUUUACCAUCUGUGCUACGUUACGACGUCCGCACAAAUGUUUGGUCUAAGUGUGCACCUUUGAUGUUACCAAGGUUUGAUUUUGCGUGCACGACUUUGGAAAAUAAAAUUUAUGUGGCCGGAGGGCGGUAUUCACUGGAAAGCGCACGUGGGACGUCAUCGGCCGAGGUUUAUGAUCCGGCGUUGGAUCAGUGGAAGCCAUUGCCUGGCAUGACCACAAUGAGGUACAAGUGUGUGGGAGUCACCUGGCAAGGGAAAAUUCAUGUGGUAGGGGGAUUUGUUGGCGGAGGGGACAUGAUUGGUAGUCCAGGACCGUACAUUAUGGAGAGAAGUUCUGCAGAGGUAUUUGACACGGUAACUGCUAAGUGGGAUUUUGUUCCAAGGAUGUGGGAAUUAGAUGUGCCUCCUAAUCAAAUCGUUGCCAUCAAUGAGAGGCUAUUUAGCUCAGGGGAUUGCUUCAAGGCAUGGAAGGGGCACAUUGAGGUCUUCGAUGGGAAGCUUAAUAUGUGGAGUGAAGUCCACGGAUCAAAUUCUUAUAACUUAUCAGGGUCUCCCAUUGCCACUACGGACACCAGCGGAGAUGAUUGGCCACCAAUGCAACGGUUAUACCUCACCAUGGCACCAAUUGAUAACCAUUUGUACUUUAUAGUCGGGUACCGGAUGCCAGGUGAGGUGCCAAAAACGAGUUCGAAAGUCCAUGUGUUCAACACACUAGUAAAUGGGGAUGGUUGGAAAAGCUUUGCGCCUUUGGAAGAGGAAGGGGAGAAGGAACUCUGUGGUCACUGCUGUGUUCUUAAACAGGUUUAG